AUGUCCAAGACUUCCAUCGACCCCCACUACUCGCUCCCCGACCAGAUUGAGCCUGCCGCCUCGCGGUCCGAGGGAGAGGUGCUUGAUGCAGACGUCAAGACCGACGAUGCCGUCUUUGGUAACAUCACGGACGCAGGGCCCAACUACCGUAAUGUCAGCAGCAUUGCGCAGGUCGGCUGGUUGGGGACCGCGGCUCUCAUGAUGAAGACGCAGAUCGGCCUCGGGGUUCUGUCCAUCCCCUCCGUCUUCGAUGCCGUGGGACUCGUCCCGGGUGUCAUCCUUCUCCUGGCGGUUGGGACCAUCACCACCUGGUCAGCCCACAUGAUUGGCGUCUUCAAGCUUCGGCAUCGCCAAGUAUACGGCAUCGACGACGCCGGCGGCCUGAUCUUCGGCCCCGUUGGGCGUGAGAUUUUUGGCAUCUCCUUUACCCUCCUCAUGACCUUUGCAGCCGCCGCAGCCAUGAUUGGCAUCUCGGUUGCUCUCAACGCCCUUUCCACCCACGGAGCAUGUACCGCCGUCUUUGUCGUCGUGGCGGCCGUGUUUGGCUUCACCUUUGCGAGCAUUCAGACGCUUGGCAAGAUCAGUGCGCUGGCGUGGAUUGGCGUCACCUCCAUUGUUGUCGCUGUCUUCACCGUGACCAUUGCCGUCGGUGUCAGGGGCGCUCCUCACGCCCCUUCAAAAGACCUGCAGGGCCCCUGGAAGUCCAAUUACGAACUCUUCAAACACCCCAGUUUCAGCGACGCCCUGGGAGCCAUCACAACUCUCGUCUUUGCCUAUGCUGGCACUCCCACCUUCUUCAGCAUUGCGUCCGAGAUGAGAGACCCCAAGCACUACACCAAGGCACUGGUAGUGUGCCAGACCGUCAUCACCUUGGCGUACAUCGUGGUCGGUGUGGUCGUCUACUACUUCUGCGGAUCCCAUGUUGCCUCUCCUGCCCUCGGCUCCGCCGGCCCCGUGAUCAAGAAGGUCGCAUAUGGCAUCGCUCUUCCGGGCUUGUUGGUCACCGACCUUUUGCUCAUCCACCUUGCCGCCAAAUCCAUCUUUGUUCGACUUCUCCGCAACUCGAAACACCUGGCCUCCAACACCCCUAAACACUGGGUAGUUUGGCUGGGGUCAACCUUGACCAUCACCGCUGUGGGAUAUAUCAUUGCUAGUGCCAUUCCCAUCUUCGGCCAGCUCAUCGCACUAAUUGGAGCACUUCUCGGCCCAAUUCUAUGCUUCCACCCACCCGGCUUUAUGUGGAUAUACGACAACUGGAAGAGAUCCCACAGCCGAGAACAGGCACGAUGGUACUGGGGGGUGGCUUGCAGCAUCUUUGUGAUUGUCUCCGGGACAUUUCUAAUGAUCGCCGGCACUUAUAGCGCCAUUUAUACCAUCGUCCAUACGCCAGGAAGUUCCAAGGUUUGGUCAUGUGCAGACAACUCCAAUUCCACCUGA